AUGUUCUACUUAUUUGUACCACGCUUUAGAGGCAGUGUUUUUAUCGGUGGACCCAACUUUGCCGGCACCUCCAAACCUUUAAGAAGUCAUCGAAGGCGCUCGACCGCCACUGCCUCCGGGAUCAAGAGGAAGGAGCUGCGUCGAGUCAGGGCGCGAGCCUUGCAGAUGGGGCCGCGCUCGGAAGCCGGGCACCCCUCCGUGCGUCACCUGACGGGCAGGGCGGGAGGCACGCCGCGCUGA